UUCACAAGAGAAGCUUGUGAUUAUUUUCUGCGGAACAAAUUUGAACGCUGAAAUGUGCAAGUUAAGUUGUGAUCUCAGUUUUCUUACUUUGUUACUAUGGUGGAGCAAUCGACUCUAUAGUGGUUUUUGAUUGUAGCUAUUGAAAAGCAAGCCAGUAAUUAUACUAUCGUAUUAAGCUGGAAUACACAUUAUUUCUAAUAGCAAUGAUGAAAUGAUGGAUACAAAGGAAAAUAUCGUGACAGACAACAGUGGUUUCGAUCUUGGACUUCGAGUUUGUGGACCCGGAACUACACGUUUGGGAUUUCACUCAUCUACGCAUAGAAAACUAAGAAGGCCGAGAAAGCAAGCAAAUGUAAACAACAAUCAAAAUAAGACAUCUGAACUGUUUGAAUCUCUUCAAAAGGAUUUAUUAGAUGCAAUAUUUUCUCGUUCGCAUACUCGUAAAUUUACUCAGCAACAUCCAGACACUUCAACAAGGAUACACCAGAUAGAWACCAAGGAAAAACAGGUAAUUCAAAGGUCAGAAAGAACGUUAACCUUGAAAGAGAGUUUUGUUUCAAAAUCUUCGCCUAUAAGUAGUUCAUUCUCUGAGCAUGUUAGAUGUGGGGAGGAUUUGUCUUACUUACGUAUUACAAGUGUUGCUUUAAGAACAACUUCCGCAUUUCGACAAAGACGGGAAAGSAAUACUAUAAAUCAUAUUACUCCUUUAGAAAUAGUGCUACGAAAACGAAGCAAGCCCGAGAAGUACACUUAUAGAAAUUACCGAGAARCUCUUGAAUCAUUUAACAAAAUGAGAGACGAAGCCAAACAAAAUGAGACACGACMAGCCAAGACCCAACAGGCUGAAGAAUCAUACAAACUAAUGCAAGAAAGUACAGCAGAUAGAUCUAAUCGCGCUUCAGGCUGUGCAAUAUAUGUUUCAAGUGCUAGAGAAAGUAAGAAAAAAAUUAGGAAAAAAAAGAGCACUACUUCAAGCAUGCUUAAUUGUUGUCACGUUUCUAUGGCAACUCUUCCACAAAUKAAAAUUAGCUAAGGUUCACUACAUGAGUUCAACAGAGUGAUCAAUAGACGACUUGCACUAAGAGGUCAC